AAAAACUGUUAAUUGUAAAAAUAAAAAUAAAAAUAGAUAGAACAAAACGAAGUAAGAGAAAAGUAGAAUUCUCGGGAUAGUUCUGUUGUUGGUUCAUAUAACUUCUAAUUGAGAGCAAAGUUCAUGUUCCACGAAAAGUAUAGAAGUUAAUUAAUUAACUGCUCUUUUACGUGUCUUUCAAUUCUCUUCUAUUCUCUCCAUUUCAACGUUAUUAUCUCUCUAAUGUUCGUUCAGCCAACUGUAUCUCUCCGUUUACUGCAAAGAAUCGCUUUCUUAACAAUGCAGGAUACGGUAAACCUAAUAUGUGUAUGUACAUACAUCUGUAUAUAGAUCUCUAUCCUAACGAUCUGCAAUCAUCGCGGUACGUUUAAAACAUCUGGCUAUUAAUUACUAUUAUGGCACGCGUUUCCUGGAACAAUCAGUUAAAUGGUUGUUAAAUACAAUUUUCUAUAAUUUUCAAUUUGAAUUGUUCUCUCAAUCGAUGCUCGAUGAAUAGAUGGAAUUUUUUCAUUCGAAAGCAAAUUCCUCGGUUAUAGUAUUUUUUAAUUGAAUUCUUGUCCAACCGUACAGUGGUACAAACUUGUCCGAUCAAUAUUUGACAAUGAAUCUAAAUUACGUCAUUUGGUCGAGAUAAACAGUGUUUGUUCCAUGAUUCGUAUCUUUUUAAAAGAGACGCGUGACUGUAUUGUCAGGUCACGAGAGAUUCUUUUUCACUGUUAUCAAAUCUCGUGACUGAUUCGACACUAUUCAGAAGGUGAAAUAAUUCCCGCCCAUAUCGCUCUAAUUUGGUUGAACAAUUGAAAGCAUUAUGUAUCCAUUCAAAUAAAUAAAUAAAUAAAUAAUUUGUCCCGUAUCGUAGUAGUUUAAAAAAUAUUUGACUAAUUUCGAUAAAACUAAUAUCUUCUAACGAAUAAAAAUUUUAAUUAACAGUGCUUUGGAAUAAUUGUGGAAUAAAAUCACCUCGUGAACACGAUUUGAGGUUGUUGAAAAUUUCGUAAGAAGCUAAUAGGUUUUAAACAUAAAAUGUUGACAUAAUCCUAUUCGGUUUGUUGUUUAAAAGUCAUUGGGUAACUAUAGUCGCUAGUCAGCUCGGUGACCUCUUUCAUUCGAUUACUCAAUAAUCAUUAUUGGAUUAGACGGUGAUCGAUCCGUCAGCACGCGUACUCUACGUGAAGUCUUAAUUCUAGAUCAUGAUAAGUGUAUCAGAGAUCGAUAAACUUUUUUCUUCCAUGCACCACCAUGAUCAUCAUCGUCAUCAGAUGGAAACUCUACUAUCAUUGUUCGUAUGUACAAACAAUAGAUUAUAGGGAUCAUUGAAAAAAUCUACUAUUACAAUUUCUUUUUAUUUCUCAAUGAUAGAGAAGCCGUCUUCUUUUUUAUGGUUUCUUCUUACAUAUCCCUUUAAGAUUAUUAGAUUAAUUUUGUCAAAGUUACUGGCCAAUUUUUACGUUGUACCAGAAGAAACAUUUACGAUUUUACAAUUGCAUAAGUGUUUGGCUAGCAUCGCGAGAAUGUUUCAUUCUUCAAUUUCUACUAGCACAAAUAUAAAUUCUUAAAACGCUUCCUGUUUGUUCAACUAUCAUCGUUUCGUCGAGUGAGAAUAACUGGUGGCACUGUUUUCGAUCUUCUAUUACUCACACCGACGUAGCAAUGAAAACGAGUUAAUAAUAAGUUCACAGACACGGCUGUCGAGUGAAAACUCAAAGUCCACGCAACACGCACGAGAAGAGGUCCAAAUCGAUUAAUUAAAAGGCAAUUCGAAGGCAAUCCGAAGGCAAUUCGAACGAUCUCGAUUUCGAUUCCGUCCUUCGUGACGCUCGCGAUUCGUAAUUCUGACGGGAUCAUAAAUCGAACGGUAAUCGAUCAGCGUUACGUAGAGUUUAUGCCGUUCGAGUGCUUUUCCACUUGUUGGGAAACCUGUUUAACCAGUGUCCCCGUUAAUGCAUGUAACAACACGUUUCUAAUAUCGUGGCUUUUACCUCUGCUUACAUUUGCUUUUACCUUAUUAAUGCUGGAAAGCUUGCUUACUUUACAGUAAGUUUAAUUUUACAACCAAGUGCGAAAUCCAAGUUAAAGAGUAUGUCCUGAAACGUCUCUAUUACUCAUUAAUAUUUUCUUAAAAAAGAGAAAUAACGUCACAAGUUACGCGUACUUGAAAUACUCUAUCGUAACUCACUGCAGCGAUAAAGAGCAGUGAAUCAUUCGAUGAAUUAAUUUUCUAUAAUCUAAGGCUCAUCCAUGCAAAUAAGUCAACGUAUUUCCAUAUCCGCGGCUAUCGCUUCGCAUAUCGUUCGUUAAAAACACCAAUUUUUGUAUCUUUUUGUUCGAAAAACAGAUUGGUGUGUUUCUUCCUUUUCUUCUCUCUUUUUUGUUUCAAUUAUGCAAAUAAGUUAGAAGGACAAAGACGCCGCGCAUCAUUGCAAAAUGCAAAACGUUACGUAAUUCUCGGUAAUCCGACCACGAUGUCUGAAUAUUAAUUCGUCACGUGAUCUCAUAUUUUUCGCUUGUAAUUCGAGGUGUCGCAAUGAGAAUAAGAUAAGGAAAUUCAUUAUCCCACAUCCGUGGAUUCCCUCUAACUCUAGUGUCUCUUGUGUCUUCCGUGUCUCUUUCGCACGCGAUGCCGAUAAACGCGAGUCGAGUGAAAAAUAACGACGAAUCCGACUUUUUUGGGUAAAUCGUCAUCACUGGUGUGGAUCCAAUUCCACUCUCGCUCUUCUCAUCAUCGUAACGUAUUAUACAAAGUAUAAAGCGUUCUCGAAACGUUGUCAAUUAUUUCUUCGCCUACGACCACGGUAAUUCAUCUAUCACGCUUCGAAUUUUCAUUUGAAGCCGCGUACGAAACGAUUUCAAACAUAUUAAGAUCGUGAAAAGAACUUGCUUUGAAUAAUUCGCGUAUACGUAGACGGUGAGCAAGCGGUUUUCUUUGAUUGAAAAAUGGACAACGUAAUUCGCGAAGACCAGGAUAUUUUCAAUUUGCCAGAUCGAAUGAUAACGCAUUAUUUAUCGGCUACAUCGUCGCCGAUAAGAGCGUACCGAUAAUAAUUAAGCAUCAUAGUUAUCGGAAGAAAGUUGAUCGAAAGGUAUCAAAGUUUCGACUUUCUAUAGUGUUCCAGCGAAUAAUAAUCAUGAAAAUCGUGAAACCAGAAUCUUUGAUAUAGGUUCAAGAAGAAUCGAACCCUUUCGCAGAGUGGCAGACGUGCGCGCAGGCAAGAGUAGCAAAAAGAUAAUAGUGACUGCUUGAAAAUAAGCGAAAUUAAAUAAAACAAGACAGACAAGACGUAAGAAGCACAUGACUGCAGUUUGAUAUGAAGAAACUCGUGACAGUGGAACCGAUAAACCACCGAGAAUAAUUUAAUCGACCGCAACAACCCGCAAAAGUGUUCAGUCCUUUGCCGACAUGUCCAGGAACCAGAAUUACCAGACGUUUACCGACGAAAAAGAUGGCGAAAUACAAAACUCCGAAAAGUCAUCUUUGGUGGAUCCAAGUGUACUUCCAAAGAUCCAAUCAUCCACCAAAUUAGAAGAUGAAAAAUCUGCAUUGGAAUCAAACAAUGUAAACAGUGAUCCAGAAAAUAGUCAAAAUGUUAAUGUUAAUGGAAGCGUGGUCAGACAAGUCCUUGCAGCACUAGUAGCACAGCUUGGAACUAUUAAUACAGGCAUGACCUUUGGUUUCUCUGCCGUUGCUCUCCCACAACUUCAAGAACCAAAUAGUACCAUUCCAAUUGUGGAAGGAUCUUCAGAGGAAUCAUGGAUUGCUAGUAUGACUUCUAUUGGCACUCCCAUUGGAUGUUUAGUGUCUGGAUACAUGAUGGAUGUACUUGGAAGAAAACGAUCUCUCAUUAUUACAGAAAUUCCUGCAUUACUUGGCUGGAUAUUAAUUGCAUUUGCAACCAAUAUUCAUAUGAUAUAUGCUGGAAGAUUCUUUGUAGGACUUGGAUCAGGCAUGGUAGGUGCUCCAGCGCGCGUCUAUACUGGCGAAGUAACUCAGCCUCAUCUGAGGGGAAUGUUGACCGCUUUUGCGAGCGUCGGUGUUAGCACCGGUGUUUUGAUUGAAUAUGCAUUAGGAAGUGUACUUACGUGGAACGUCUGUGCAGCAAUUAGCGGAAUUUUACCACUUGCUGCUUUGUUAUUAAUGUUUCUCUUUCCUGAAACACCGUCUUAUCUCAUAUCGCGGAGUAGACCUGAGAAAGCACGAAAAGCGUUGAAACAGUUUCGCGGUAGUACAUGUAACAUUAAUCAAGAAAUGGAAACGCUUAUCAAUUUUUCCAAUAAAAAUAACAUCAAGCGGUUAACAGGAUUUCGGGAAAUAGUAAGCGCCCUUUUAAAACCGAAUGCUCUUAAACCAUUCACGCUAUUAUUUAUAUAUUUUUUGAUAUACCAGUGGUCAGGUACGAAUGUCAUAACUUUUUAUGCUGUUGAGAUUUUCAAAGAUUCAGGUGCAUCGUUAAAUAAGUACUUAGCUGCGGUAAUUCUCGGUGUAGUAAGAUUAUUAUCCACCAUCGUUGCUUGCAUUUUAUGUAGAAGAUGCGGAAGAAGACCUCUCACGAUGGUCUCUUCCGUUGGUUGCGGAAUUUCUAUGGUAGGACUAGGUGGAUACAUGUGGUUGAAAGAUUAUUGGACUACAAAUAAUCUUCCACUUGUUGCUAGUUGGUUUCCUAUUUUAUGUAUAUUUUUGUAUACCAUAACUUGCACUCUUGGUUUCCUUGUCAUUCCUUGGAUAAUGAUAGGCGAGGUAUAUCCAGUACAAGUCCGCGGUAUUAUAGGUGGUUUAACUACAAUGACAGCCCACGCGUUCAUCUUUACAGUAGUUAAAACGUAUCCAUUUUUGGCUAGUACACUUACUCGGCAUGGUACUUUCAUUCUUUACGGUUGUAUAUCGUUAUUAGGUACAAUAUACUUUUACUUAUGCCUUCCCGAAACUAAGGGUAAGUCGCUUCAAGAAAUAGAGGACUACUUUUCUGGCAGGAAUAACAAUUUAAGAACUGGCAGUAUACGUAAUAUUAAACCAAAAGUGUUAGAAGUGAAAAAAGGUCAGAUGUUACCCUCGUAAAACAAGUUGUCUAGAUACCGAGGGAAUCGCAAAACCUGUCUUCCAUUAAACAGAAAUAAAGAUUAAGUUACUGUGUUGUUAUCACUGACUGUAACGAGUACACGUAUUUUUAUUAGAGAAUAGUGUUUAGAUGGAAGUACUGUUCUGACGAUGAGUUCUUCGUCUUGUAACAAGACAAUAGGAUUAGUGAUUUGAUUGAAAAACUUUAAAAAUGAAUGAAAUCAUAUUAAGACUUUGCUAUCCAUAUUAUUUCGUCGUUUUAUAUAGGAUCCUUUUCAUUCACAAUGAUACGUAUUUAUUGACUAUAUUCUGUAAUUUAAAUCGUGCAUCUCCCGAACAAGGUGGUAACGCUUUUUUUUUUUUUUUAUGAAAGUACAAGCUAUUGAGAAGCAUCAAAUAUACUCAUGAAAAUGUUAAAUAUUUUUACAAAUACCCACGAAAUAAUGUGCCUUGGAAAUUUUACAAUUCACGUACAAGCAACCAAAGGUGCUAUUUAUUGUUACCAUAGUAUUAUAAUACUUGUAUGUAUGUAAUUAUAAAUAUAAUGUAAUUAAGAACUAUAUAAGUAACGUUUGUAAAAACAUGGCCUGACAAUUUAUAUGAAUUUCAACAAUGCAAACUAUAUUUUAUAAAUUUAAAUUAAACAUUUUUAAUAUA